CUACAAGCUGGUCCGGCAAGUAACCUUGAUCCGUUCGCGAGUCGCGUCAGCGAGUAGUGAGUACGUGACAGCCGUCGUUCGAGUAAACCGGUCAGUGCCGAUCGAGGCAUCGUCGAGGCAGCAAGCGAUCCCUGGGCAGCUUUUUUCGAGGUGCCGACGUUCCCUGUGUUGUGCGACAAGAUGAAGACGCUCCAUGUUCUUCUCGUUGCGGCGUGCCUCAUCGCGUGCACGCGUGGUUAUCCAAGCCGAAAUAUAGCAGGAUACGAUUCCGAUGAGGAUUUCGAAACGAACUACGACUUCAGUUUUCCAAGCUUUCCGAACUUUGCUGAUUAUUGGAACCUCAUGCAGCAAAGGGUUCGAGAAAUCGCAAAAAUGUUCAGCAAUCCGUUGAAUCCGACAGACUUCAAGAUUCCCGAGGGAGCAAACAGAACUUCCACGACUAAGAUUAUCAACGGUCACGUGGUGACAAUUAACGAAACGACUUACACGAGUGGCGACGAUGAAAAUGGUACUGCGUUCCGCAUUCGCAUAAUCGACAUAAAGCCGCAGAAUAGUACCGAUACGACGCUACCACCGACGACUGUCGUCGGAGGCAACCCGCAGCCAACGGUGAAGCCCGAGCCUGAGGCUGAGAGUCGUGAGACGCUCGAGGACUUCAACAACGAGAUACCGAAAAACACACCGACAUUGAACGCCUAAAAGGCUAUCCGUUCGUUUACGGAACACGUCAAAGAUCAACGUCCUGAUAAAUUUCGGGGGGGAGGGGGAAAAGGUGAAACGACCUUUAUUACGUGGCUGUAGUAGAGUAACUCUGGUGCCACACCGAGAGUGUGCACCGCAUUAAAAUAAAAUAUUACUAUAAUAUAUACAUAUAUAUACAUAUAAAGUUGUGUUUCUGUUGUUUCCUAUCGCUUCUGGAUACAGUAGUUUACGACGUUUACCUGCGUCUCUCUCGGGGGAAAAAAGGAAGAGAUCGCCGUCGCUGAAAAGGAUAAACUGGGAUAUUUAUAAAUAGAUGGAUAAUACGAGGAGUUGAGAAGAGAGGGGGGGGGGCUAAUUAGUUACAAUUAAUUGUGAUAAUUUGUUUAAUUUUAAUUAAUUGAUUAAAAGCUUUUAAAUGAUUCCAAUUAAAAUUCUCAGGUUCAACGUGGGAUUAAAAUAGAUGAGAAUUAACACUGAAUGCUCGUUUACGUUUUUUAGUUAAACAUUUUACUAUAUACUCUGCGAAUAGUUUUGUGAAAUACUUCUAAGAGACGUCCAGCGAUUGAUAUGGAAAUAAAAUGUUACUGUGUGAUUUUUUUGUAUUUUUCAGUUUAAUUAUUUAAAGCUCUCCUUUCUAAUUUAUAACACUUAUAUGUAUCCAUUUAUCGGACGUAUCGAAAUGGCGUUGAAGAUUUUUAUAUAUUUUAUAAAUUAGUGAAACUAAAACUGGUAUGUAACGGCUAAAUGCAUAUUUAGUAAUCGAUAUAUAUUUCCUAAAUGUAAUUCUUACAUAUCUCAUUCAGGUUUACCAUAAAUAGCCAGCAAAAAAGGUGAAAGCGCCGAUACAUAAAACUACAUGCUCUAUGUAUCCUUCACGUAUCAACGCCAGUUUACUGGUUGACAGUCAUAUUUAAAUAGAAAUACAUACAUAUAUAUAUAUAUAUAUAUAUAUAUAUAUAUAUAUAUAUAUACACAUGCAAGGCCAUUUUGUAAUAACUAAUUAUACUACACUGUCGUCCGCCGAGUGGAAUAUUUGCGCCAGUCCAGUUUGUCACGUUUCAUGCGACCAAAUACGAAUAUGAAGUAAAUUACAACUGCUGUAUCACAUUAGCAUAUUACUCGUAUGCUUAUUGAACGAGACGAAGAUUUUUAUCCUGUAUGAAAGAUUAUACAAAGUUGAGUAUUUAAUAAAGCUGUACUUCCUAUGCAUGUAUCCAGAUAUCCCAUUCCUUUUCUAGCUUCCUUGACAAUGGUAUCGACAGCGCUGAAAAACGCGAGUAUCCUGUAAGGCAUGUACAAUUAUGUAGUCAAAUGUCUGCGCAAGUAGACGUCCGUAAAUGAUUUACAAAGAAAAAAAUUGACAGAAAAAUUUACCAAGGAACGUAUAGCAAUUUUUUUAUAAUUUUAUAAAAAGAAAAAUGUCCUGUAAUGUUACUUUCACGUAUUUUUACACAUACGUACAGAUAUAUUGUUUGCAGAUUGUAUAAGUCAUGCUGUAAGACCAGAGAAAAGUUGAUAUAAUAAAAUAAUAGCAAUGUAUUGUAUUACAAUAA